CUGUGGGCCGCCACCUGUGCCGCCUACGUCGCCGCCGUGUGCUGGCUGCUCAACGCCCGCGACCACACCCACCACAGCUCCGCCGGCUCCAAGGGCUGGAUGAUGGGCCAGGAGACCGAGGACGAGAAGUGGCUGUUCCUAGGCGGCAUAGGCAUGAGCUCGCGCCACUGCCACCACACGACGCUCCCGGCGCUGUCGCGGCUGUUCAGCCGGCCCAUGACGUGCAUCUGCAUGCCGACGUACGGGCUGCCGCUGGACCUGGCGGCGGUGAUGCUGCAGCGGUGCCUGGCGGUGCCGAGCGCGGCGCGGCGCACGCUGUACGCGCAGCUGCGCAGCGCGGUGCUAGACGACUCGUUGAGCCGGGUCGUGGUGCUGGCGCAGAACCACGGCGCCGUGCUCGCCGCCCAGGCCGUCGCCCAGCUGUGCGCCGACGUGCCCGCCGACAAGCUGCGCAAGCUCGAGGUCUACACGUUUGGCGCCGCCGCCGCCGAGUUCGUCCUGCCGCUGGGAGAGGACAGCAAUAGCAGCGGCAGCAAUGAGCCCGCCCUGCACCACCACCAGCCCGCCGACGCCAAGCUGCUGCACGAGCGCCGCGGCGUCCACGUCGAGCACUUCGCCCUCGUCGCCGACCCGUUCGCCCAGAUGGGCGUGCUGCAGAGCGUGCGCAUGAACAUGGAGGGCCGGUUCUGUGGCGGCGUCUUUAUCGUCAACGACGUCGUGUCACCAUCGACAUCGACAUCGACAACAACAGCAGCAGGAGCGACACCGCAAAAACAACCCGGCCCCGCUGGCAACGCCAUGAAGGGGAUGAUGAUGGAGGACUACAUGCUGGCGCUGUUCCCGGGGCAGAUGGCGAUGUUGGCAGCGGCUGGGGCGGGAGGUAAAGGAGCAGGGGCGGCGGUGGCGGGGCGGCGCAGCGUGCUGGACAGCGUCAUGACCAUCGACCGGGACUGCGCCGAGAAGCGCGAGAUCGCAGCCAUCACCAACUACUACGCGGCGUCGCGCAAGAGGAAGGACGGUGCCAGCAGCAAUGGCAACAACGGCAAGCGGCUGAGCUGGACGGGCCUCGCGGCGACGACGGCCGGCCAGCACAAGAACGGCGUCAGCGCCGGCAUGGAGGGCCUCGAGAUGGCGCGCAAGGGCUGCAAGAAUUGCGACGGCCACAAGGGCCGCGAUGUCAGCUGGCUGGUGCGCUACGCCUGCGCCGACCCCAUGGACCCCAUGGCCAUGCACGACGCCAAGCAGGUUCCUUACAACUAUGCUAUGGGUAUGGGUAUGAUAGGGCGGCUGUAGUAGCCCGCUAUUGUCCCUUUUGUGUUUUUAUUAUAUCUCUCGAUAUGCCUACCUACCUGUUUAAUUUCUAAUCGUGUGGGAAGGAAAAAGGGGUCUAUAAUUGGCCUUCUGUGGUAUUAUUAUGUGUUGACAAGGAAAAGUUGUAUCACAAGCUUUCUCUUCUACUCUGUUUUUAAUCGAAU